AGUACAGUUUAUUUCGAAGAUGAACCAGUACAGCCAAAAACAAUUUGCAGGAGCUUAUCCUACACCACCAAUGUCUACCGGUCCCUUCGUAGCACCGCCACCUCUCGGUUACCCAACGAACGACACGAGUCACGCCACGAUGGCUCCGGUCGAGACCAAGUCUAAGGGUGAUGGCUUCUGGAAAGGCUGUUAUGUUAUGGUCUCAACGAAACCGAACCAGCACGUUGUGCGGCUAUGUGUUGCUGUUGCGCCCUCGACAUCUGCUUCUGAUUUUGGAGGAAUUCGAUGGUUUAUU